AUGUCUGCAUUGCAAGUACUCCAAGCUCGCAACGAGACAACCACCAGGCUCUAUGCAGACCCUCACAACCCCCACCUCCACCUUGAACGAGGCCUUCAGUAUGAAAAGCUUGGCUUUCCCGAUCUCGCCUCUGCAGAUGCAUACCGCGCGCUGGCACUGCUAGAAUCCGUGGUUGACCCAGAUGAGUGCGAGUUCCAUGCCAGGCGGAAGAUAGACCCUUCCCAGCAGGCUCCCGAGAAAGCGACGAAUGAAUCAGAUGAUGAAGACGAAGACGAAGACGACAGCACUGUUGCCAUCACUCAAGAAGAAUAUGACACCAUAAUUGACCAGGUGUAUGUUCUUCUAGUGCGCAGUCUCGUCCGCUGCGGCUGCUACCGUGAUGCAUUUGAGUUCGGCGUGCGCGGGUUGGCCUUACUCGAAAAGAGAUCUGCCACAGCGUCAGUAGCUGCUUUGAACGUGCAGAUGGAUCGCGUGAAGCAAAUAUACAAAUCUCGCUCUGGCUCUGAAACAGAAAAUAUCGACCUGGACUCAAUCAACCCCAGUGUCCUCCCUGCACAAGGCUUCGCCCGCCGUGUCCUCUAUCCCUGGAACGAGCACGAGCCCGACCGCCGUUCACCAGAGACCCUCAACAUGCUCAACGAGCGGCUGGCAGUUAUUGCGCCGAAGUGUGAGGUCCGCGCAGUGGCCUUGCCGGUACUACAUGCCUCAGCAGACGACGACUCGUCCAGCAUGGACGUCUCCGUGCAGCUCGGCCUCUUCGCGAAAGAAGACAUCGCCCCAGACGAGAUCAUCCUCCGCGAAUCUUCACUGCUCACAGCAACCAACCGUCUCCACGACGAUCUCUGCGACGCAUGCAACGCACCACUCCCAGAACUGUCUGCCGCCGAGCCCCCCAUCGCCUGCGAGGGCGGCUGCGUAGACAUCAUCUUCUGCAGCCAGGCAUGCCACGACACGGCGCAGGAGGUGUACCACGGCGCAAUCUGCGGUCUCGAGGACGGCCUCGACUCUAUCGGGAAGGAUGUCCCCGACCCCAAGGAUAAGGCCGAUUACCUAUACCUUCUUCUGCUUGGCAGAGCGCUCGCCAUGUCCGCCACACAAGACAAGCACGCGCUCGACCUCCCCGAAGUGAAAUACAUCUGGGGCGAUUUCCACGAUUUCGAUAUCGAGUCUGUCUCCGCGGAAGCAGAGACAACGCCCACCACAGACGAUACCGCCACUCUCCCCUUCUCCUUCCAGCUCAAUGUCCUGCAGCCGGAACGUUUCCUCGACGAAAUGGGUCUGGAUCCCUACGCCGUGCUCUAUCGCUACGAUACCUGGGUUCUAAACACGCUCUUUGCUAAGUUCCGCGGUACGGCGUCAGGCCGACUAUCGACCUGGGAUGGGGGCCCGGAGCUGUGCGCUGUUCAUCCGCUGUGGUGUCUUGCAAACCAUUCGUGCGAUCCUAAUGUGACCUGGGAAUGGAGUAGCGAGAUUAAUUUCCGGGCGCGGAGAGACGAUGAGACGGCUGUUUGGUCGCGCGGGCUCGAGAUGAAGGAGCUCAGGCCUGGGGGUAUUGCGAAGGAUUCGGAGAUCCUGAAUCAUUAUUGCGAUAUUGGGUUGCCGGUUCAGAAGAGGAGGGAGUGGGCUUCUGGGGCUUUGGGUGGGACUUGUUUGUGUGAUAGGUGUGUUUGGGAGGCUGGGGAGGUUGAGUAG